CCUGAACUAUAUAUUUUAUACCUAAUAAGAUAAAAACAUCAAUAUUAUUUAUUGUGAACAAUGACUUGGUUUGACUUUUACAAGGAUGGCAUUCAAAACGUGGUGAAAUAGAUGAGAGGUAUGUAUAUUUAUAUAUAUAUAGGAAAGAAUAGAUAUGUUGUAUAUCAAAUAACCAUAUGAAUUAGUUAUCUUACCUUCCCCAAUCCCCUAUCUCCUAUUUUUUUUUUAACUCUUUUUACCUCCUUUGAUACUAUUUCCCGCUACUUAUACAAACACUCAUUCAAAUAUUACACGUUCUCCCUUUCUUCCCAACUCAAAACUCCUUAAAACUUAUAUUACGUCUUUUUUUCUUUUUCUUUUUCUUUUUCUUUCCUCUUUAUUUUUGUUAUUAUUAUUACUUUGACUGAUUUUCAUUUAUCUUAUUUUUCGUUUUAUGUAGAAAUAUGCCUACAACAUCCGAUUUGGCCGAUUUGACUCAAUUACCAGAUGACCGUAUAGACGCCGUUUGCCGACAUUUGCAUCUUCGGUUCGACAAUGACAAGAUCUAUACUUAUAUUGGACAUGAACGAAUGGUCAUACUCAAUCCAUGUAAACCAAUGCCUUUAUCCAACAAUGACGACACACUUCAAUAUUAUAUCAACCAUGGUUAUAAAGAUUUGACUAUAACAAACAAUGGAUAUAAUUAUAAUACGGAACCACAUAUCUAUGAUCUAGCUACUCGAAUUUAUUUUAUUAUGCGACGAAGGAUGGAUGACCAAUUGGUACUAUUGAGUGGAAUAUCUGGUUCUGGAAAAUCUACAAGUCACCAACAACUUUCCAAGGCAAUCCUCAACCUAUCAACACAUACAAGACGUGAAGACAAAUUACAACGACAAAUUACUAGUGCGAUGACUGUUUUAGAAGCAUUUGGAUCCAUACAUGCAACAACUUCAACUCAAAUACAACAUAGUAACAAUCGGUUCAAUUUAUGUCAUUCACUCCAAUUCAAUGAACGUGGUCAUAUUGUUGGAUCUUACUUUGCAACUUCUCUCUUUGACAAAUAUCAUUUGACUCGGUCCAAUACAACAUCAAAUUAUCAUAUUUUUUAUCAACUCUUAGCCGGUACAUCACCAGAAGAAAAAGCAGCAUUACAUAUCAACUACUCUAUGGGCCACUUUGUUUACCUUAAGCAUACUACCCGAUACAAAGACACAUCUGAAGAUUCUGAUGGAGAAAACAGUGAUCAAAACAAGUUCAUCAAGGUCAAGGAAGCUCUCAAAAUACUUGGACUUAAAGCAAAGUUGAUCGCUCAAAUUUGUCAAUUACUAGGUGCCAUCCUACAUUUGGGUAAUGUUCAAUUCAUCGAUGGUCGUGGUCCUCUUUCUGUUUUGACAUCUCAAAGUACUUCAUCUUCUGGACAAGAAUCUUGCCGUGUGAAAAAUAAGGAUACGAUGGCUCUGGUCGCUGCUGCUCUUGGUGUUGCCACGACGAAACUGGAAAAUACUCUUACUCAUAAACUCAAAUUGAUUGGCAAAGAAUUCUGCUCAGCCUUUUUGACUGUGGAUGCUGCUAUGGUACAACGAGACAGUUUAGCGCAAAGUCUAUAUAGUCUUCUCUUUCAUUGGAUUGUUCAGUAUAUCAACAACAAACUCUCAUCUACCUCUUAUGCAAAUCGGAUUACUGUAGUGGAUUUUAUGGCGCAGAUGGGUGGGAUUAUUGACGAAAAUAACUCCAAUGGAAAUCAACAUCAACUUCAACAAUGCCAACGACAUGGAAAUUUUCACGAUUUGUGUACUCAUUUCGCGACCGAACAGAUUCAUCAAUGGGUACUCUAUCAAGAUUUUGAUGCCGACAGUCCUCGCAACAUAUCAAAAUGGCAAGACGGUCUCUCUACCUCUCCUUCUCCUUCUCCAGAUUUUUUCCAAUCUUCUAUACCUUUAUGGUCUGGAUCCAACAAGUUUGUUAUGGUACCAUCAUUGAAUCGUGACUGCCAGCGAUUCCAAGCCUAUGCACUGGACGCCACUGAUACCAAUUGGCUUGUAGCCUUAUUCCAGAAAAAGAAACGACAAGGGGAUAACAUCAAUGGACCAUUUACAGCAUUACAAUCACCGAAAUCUCCAAGUGCGAGUUUUGCGAUACAACAUUUUUGCACCACUGUGGAAUAUUCUGUCGAAGGAUUUCUGGAAGCCAAUGUCGAUGCCUUCUCACCCGAUUUUAUUCAUCUUUUCCGAUACAAUUGUACCAAUUCCUUUGUACGUGAUCUAUUUCUAGGCAACGAACAACAACACAAUCAACAACAACAAGUGUUCGAAAAGAAACAGACCUCCCUUGAUGAUGAUGACGAUAUGGAUGGAUAUCUACACGAUAAAACCAGCAUACAUAAUUAUCAACUCCAACAUGAAUCGGAACAACGCAAUCAACCUCGUGUACUAUUGACGGAAUGUCAUCCUAGAGAUGAUCGAACAAUCAUCAAAGCACAACUGCCUACGCAACCUCCCAAAGGAUGGCUUGGUGUACCCAUCAACUCUAUGGCGAAUGAUACCAAGGAUGAUACGAUUGUUGAUGGUGGCGAAAGCAAAACUACAAUGGAUCAACAAGAAAACGAUAAGGCGUUAUCCUAUAUCAGUACUGUGGCUCAUCAAAUGGUGCAUAGUAUGCAACAAUUAUUACGAGUUUUUGAUGAAACACCCAACCUCUAUGAAGUUAUCCACAUACAACCCAACCCUGCUCAACAACCUGGACUCUUUGACGAAGCCUGGAUCAUGCAUCAAUUAGAAGCUUACAAAGUGGCAGAUUAUACCCAAAGGCAGCGAUGGUGCGAAACGAUAUACGACUAUACACAUGAUGAAUUUACACAACGUUAUCAAUAUGUUAUCUCUACUCUUACUUCAUCUCCAACAAUCCUACCAUCUGAAACGACAACAGUGCUACCUGAACAACAAAUCGAAAUGCUACGUGAUGUGAUGCAAUGGACUGAUUCUCAAUGUAUUUUAGGACGUGAAAAGAUUUGGUUACGAUUUGAUGUAUGGCACGAUCUUGAAAAUCAACUUCGGUUAUUAGAGAAGGAAGCACGACAACGUGAAAAGGAACGACAAGCACAAUUGGAAAUGGAACGAAAAGCCGAACAAGAAGAACUGGAAGCACAACGACGACAAGCAGAAUUGGAAGCAGAAGCUCUGGCACAAGCAGAAUCCGAAUUAACUUUGGCAAACGCAGAAACAAUACCUGAUAUGGCAACAAUGGCUAGACGUGGAUCGCAUGGAACAGAUCGUUGGUCUCAUUCAAAUCCUUUUGCUGAUGAUUGUCAUUCCAAUUGGUCUAGUGAUGAUCAUACUGCUCACGACAAGAGUGAAUGGGGUGAAGACGAUGAUGCCAAAGGUUUAGCUGAAGCUUUUGGUCCCAAUAUGGAUAUGAGUCAAAUGGUGGAAGAUUAUCAAGUUUAUCAUGAAGAAUUGAUUGAAGAAGUUCCUAUAUCAAGUACUCGUCAAUGGUGGUCAAGAUUUGUUUGGUUUGCUACUUGGUGUAUACCUUCAUUUACUCUACGAUGGAUUGGCAAGAUGCAACGUCAAGAUGUCCAAAUGGCCUGGCGAGAAAAAGUAACGUUGUGUCUUUUGAUCUUCUUAUUCUCUGGUAGUAUUAUCUUUGUCAUCGUGGGUCUGAAUCAAAUCAUAUGUCCAGGAACAAAAUAUAUCUUUUCGGCAAAUGACGUCUCGGCACAUCAAACUAUCAAUGAUUAUUGGGUUAGUGCGCAUGGUCAAGUGUAUGAUCUCACAAAAUUUGUUGCUAAUGAUCAUGGUACUUCGACAUAUAUGGCAACUAGGUCUACCAUGGAACCUUUGGCUGGGCGUGAUCUAUCGUAUACUUUUCCGGUAUCCCUUACAACUGCAUGUUCUGGGUUAGUUACAGACAACUCUAUCAAUAUUGUUCCUAAUGAAACUAUUGUUCUUGGUCCCUUUGUCCACUUUUCUGGUCCUCAACAACCUGAUAAAGAUCUCAAAGCACUACAAGAUCCGUUAUGGUUACAACAUCGAUUUCAACCGUUGCUGGAGAAAUAUAAAAAAGGAGAUCUGGUGAUACCCAUGAAACAACUACAUGAAGAUUUUCAAAGCUAUGGUCGAUUGGCUGUUUCUAUUCAUGAAAAAGUGUACGAUUUGACUGAUUAUAUGAACUCGGCUCGGCGAUAUCCUCAAGGAUCUAUUCCCAAUUACCAUUUUUUGCAUCCAUCCAUUGAACGAUUAUUCACUACUUUUGCUGGAAGUGAUGCUACUCAGGCGUGGGAUCAGAUGACGAUGGACUCUACUUUGCGACAAAAGAAUCUGGAUUGUUUGGACAACUCAUUUUAUGUAGGGAAACUAGAUUAUCGAGAAACAACACGAUGUACUUUUGUCAAUUAUCUUCUACUCAGUUUUGCAGUGGUGAUGUCUGUGGUGAUUUUGGUCAAGUUUUUAGCCGCCUUACAAUUUGGUGGAGCACCCAAUCCUGAAGAACAAGAUAAAUUCGUGAUUUGUCAAGUACCAUGUUAUACCGAAGAUGAAGAAUCAUUACGCAAAACCAUUGAAUCCAUUACAGUGAUGCAAUAUGAUGACAGACGAAAAUUACUACUACUGAUUGCUGAUGGUAUGAUUAUUGGAAGUGGUAAUGAAAAACCUACUCCUUGUAUUCUAUUGGACAUUCUGGGACACAAUCAUGUUCGUGAUCGCUAUGGUGAUGGUGAUGAUGUUGAUGAUGACAAUGACCAUCAUUCCUAUACUGACGAUGAUACAACUGAACCAUUCAUGUUCAAGUCUAUUGGUGAAGGAUCACAACAGCUCAACUAUGGCAAGGUGUACUCUGGACUCUAUCAACAUGAAGGACAUGUGGUACCAUAUGUGGUUGUUGUCAAAGUUGGCAAAAGCUCUGAACGGACUAAACCAGGAAAUCGUGGCAAGCGUGAUUCACAAAUCAUCUGUAUGAAUUUUCUCAAUAAAGUACAUUUCGAUGCGCCUAUGAAUCCGUUGGAAUUGGAAAUGUAUCGACACAUUCGUCAUAUUAUUGGAAUUGAUCCUGCUCUCUAUGAAUAUAUUCUUAUGGUGGACUCUGAUACUGAGGUUUAUCCGGAUGCUCUUACUCGUAUGAUUGCUUGUAUGCUUCAUGAUAGUCGAAUCAUUGGUCUUUGUGGAGAAACUGAACUUUGCAACGAAGAUAGAUCAUGGGCAACUCGUAUUCAAGUCUAUGAAUAUUAUAUUUCUCAUCAUCUGGUCAAGGCAUUCGAAUCUCUCUUUGGUUCUGUUACCUGUUUACCUGGUUGUUUCUGUAUGUAUCGUAUUCGAACACCACAUAAACGACUUCCUUUGAUUGUAUCACCUCAAGUGAUUCAUGGUUAUUCAGACAACCAAGUGGACACAUUGCACAAAAAGAAUCUAUUACAUCUAGGUGAAGAUCGUUAUCUUACUACUUUGGUGAUGAAAAACUUCCCGCAAUACAAAAUGAUGUUUACUCCAUAUGCGAAAUGUCGGACAGUGGCUCCUGAUGAAUGGCGUGUAUUACUAUCACAACGACGACGAUGGAUCAAUUCUACUAUUCACAACCUUUUGGAACUAGUGAUGCUUCAAGAACUAUGUGGUUUUUGUUGUUUAUCCAUGCGCUUUGUGGUGAUGACUGAUCUUAUUGGUACUAUUACCCUUCCUUCAUCUGUGGUAUAUCUUAUCUAUCUGAUUUACGAAUCUAUCUCUGGAACAGGUCCAUUACCGGUGAUUGCUCUUGGUAUGCUAGCAGGUGCAUAUGGACUUCAAGCGCUUAUCUUUAUUAUCAAGCGGGAAUGGCAACAUAUCGGAUGGAUGGUGAUUUACGUUUUGGCUAUUCCAAUCUUUAGCUUCUUUAUACCAAUCUAUGCAUUCUGGCACUUUGAUGAUUUUUCAUGGGGCAACACACGAGUAGUGGUAGGGGACAACAAAAAGAAACAAAUCAUUGUGACGGAUGGCGAGAAGUUUGAUGAAAAGAUGAUUCCUCUCAAAAAAUGGGCACAACAUGAACAAUGGCUUUGGGAACAAAAAGCAGCAGCAGCAGCAGCAGCGGCAUCUAGAGCACGAUCAAUGAAAUCAUCUAUUUGUUCAUCACGUAAAAGGAACAGCAGUACAUAUGACAAUGACAAUGACAACAACGACAAGAACUGGCUACUACAACCUCUGAUCAUGGAUUUCUCUGUACAAGGUGAUAACCCAUUCUCUUUAGGCGAUUUUUCCACGAUUCUCCCGAAUGAAAAGAACAAUAUGACGGAUGAUUGUAUUACUGGAUCACAUACACUGGAAGAUAAUGAUGGUGAUGGUAUGGCUCAUUCAAUGGAACCUUUGGUUGUAUUACCGGAAGACGACGAUAUUGAACGUGAAAUCAAAAAGAUUUUGACUACAACAAAUCUGAUGCAUUUGACAAAGAAACAAGUACGCGAUCAGUUAUCUCAAUUGUUCGGUGUAGACUUGACUAUUAAAAAAGGAUUCAUCAACGCUACCAUUGAAAGCUUUUUGGAAGCCGAAUAUUCCUAGUUGCCUUUUAGUUAGUUUAUCCAUUAACAUUUAUCCCUCUUGUAUAUCACCAUUUUACUUUUUGAUAACGUCAAUAAAUGCU